AUGGGCUGGUGGUGGUCAUCGGAUUCAACAGCGGCUCCUGUCACGGAGUCUGCUUCAUCACAAACAACACAGACACCAAUGCCAGUUUCAAUACCACAGAGAGAAGCUCCCAAGAAGGCUUCACCAGACAGCGACUUUGAGGCCAUAUUCGCUUCCUUCGAGAAACCCUCAACCUCAACAACAACGUUACCCACAAAUCCAACACCACAGCCUGCGGCUCCAGGACCAGAGAUCCACCAUGUAACGCCAGCGCCAAAAGAGACACCCACACACUACGUCCCCUCACCCUCAGGCUCAAUCGAACAACAAUCAGACUCAGACGCACCCCUCGACAUCUCCCCCGACGCCCUGUACCCACGCCAAAUGUCCUGCCGUCAAGCCUUCGACCAAGCAUUUUACUGCCAAUCUCUAGGCGGCAAGUUUAAUGACAUCUACCGUUAUGGAGAACUGCGCAGCUGCUCUGACAACUGGAAUGCCUUUUGGUUCUGCAUGCGCAUCAAGACGUUACCCGAUCGUGAGCGCGAAGAGCGCAUCAAGGAGUUUUACAAGGCAAAGGAUGAAGAGAACAAGGCUGAGAAGGGCAGUUCGGAAAAGAUCUGGGAUUUGAGGACGGAACCUGUCAAANAGGCUUUCUGGAGGGAUCCCGAUGAGGUGACUGAGAAGAAUUGA